CCAAGGUUCCGGGACUUAACGGGCUUCCCGCUUUCUCCUACGGUUUCCGCCGGCUGUGAGGUCCCGGGCGGCUGUGAGGCGACGGGCUCGCUCCGGAACGGCCCUCGCCGUGGGUGAGAGAGCAGACAUCAGUUUUUGAAGAAUGGAGAAAAAUAUGAAUCUUUCUAGUAUGGAAGACACGGUGGAGUACCACCUGUUCCUUCUACCAGAUGAAGCCAGGAGCCCAGGAGACCAAGAAGAGAUUCUUCAGAAGUAUAUUGAGAAAAUAAUGACCCAGUUUGCACCUGUGCUGGCCCCUUAUAUCUGGCAGAAUCAACCUUUUAAUCUCAAAUACAAACCUGGCAAAGGAAAUGUUCCUGCUCAUAUGUACGGUAUAACCAAGUUUGGGGAUAGCAUUGAGGACGAAUGGUUUAUUGUUUAUGUAGUGAAACAGAUUACAAAGGAAUUUCCAGAGUUAGUAGCAAGGAUUGAAGACAAUGAUGGUGAGUUUUUGCUAAUAGAAUCUGCUGACUAUCUCCCUAAAUGGUUGGAACCUGAAAAUAGUGUCAACAGGGUGUUUUUCCAUCAUGGGGAGUUGUGCCUUAUUCCUGCACCUCGGAGAUCUAGAGCAGAAUCCUGGUUACCCACCACACCCCCAACUAUCCCAGAGGCACUGAGUAUCCUCUCAGAACACGCAGAAGAAGUUCUGGCCUCGGAAUCCAUACGUGCUGCUGUGAACAGGCGCAUUCAAGGGUACCCAGAGAAAAUCGAAGCCUCUCUUCAUCGAGCACACUGCUUCCUGCCAGCCGGUGCUGUGGUGGUGCUAAAGCAGCAGCCCCGACUGGUGGCAGCAGCAGUCCAGGCCUUUUACCUGCGGGACCUCAUAGACCUGCGGGCCUGCCGGGUAUUCAAAACAUUCUUGCCUGAAACACGAGUCAUGACAUCGGUCACUUUCACCAAGUGUCUAUAUGCACAACUGAUGCAGCAGAAGUUUGUGCCAGACCGGAGAAGCGGAUACGGGCUACCUCCUCCAUCUCAUCCCCAGUACCGAGCCCACGAACUUGGCAUGAAGCUGGCUCAUGGAUUUGAGAUCUUAUGCUCCAAAUGCAUGCCACAUUUUUCUAACUCCAAGAAGUCACUUGUGACAACCUCACCACUCUGGGAUAGCUUCCUUGAAAGUCUGAAAAAGAAUGACUACUUUAAGGGCCUGGUAGAAGGUUCGGCUCAGUACCAGGAAAGGCUUGAAACGGCAAAGAACUAUUUCCAGCUUUCAGUAAACCGGCCAGAAAGUUUACUUGCUAUGAGCCCAGGUGAAGAAAUCUUAACCAUAUUACAGACAAUACCAUUUAAUAUAAAAGAACUUAAGAAAGAAGAGGCUAAUCUUUCCCCUGAGGAUGAUGAUCAGUGGUUAGAUCUCUCACCAGAGCAGCUGGACCAGCUAUUGAAUGAAGCUGCUGGCAAAAAUCAAUCAGAGCCCAUUUCUAAGAAAGAGGAGGAGCAGAGCUAUGACUUAACUCAGAUCUCAGAGAGCAUGAAAGCUUUCGUAUCCAAAGUUUCAUCCCACAAGGGAGCAGAGCUGCCACGAGAAUCUUCUGAGGCUCCUAUCACUUUUGAUGCAGAUUCUUUUCUUAAUUAUUUUGAUAAGAUUUUGGGGCCAGUGUCACAUAAGUCAGACUCUGAUGAUCUGGAUGAAGAAGACUUUGAAAGUUUAGACAGUGACGAUGAUGUAGACUUUGGAAUGGAGGAAUAUGGUGAGGAGGCUUCUAUGAAAGGAACUCUUGAUAGUGUCAAGUCAUACAUGGCUCAGAUGGACCAAGAAUUAUCACACACCACCAUGGGCAGAAGUUUCACCACUGGGAAGCAACUAAGUAAGGAGCCCCCAUCCCAGAGUAACAAUAGUCAUUCAGAGGAAGAUUCUGCAGCAGGAGAUUCUGGAAUGGGACCAGUAGAUAUAGACCUGAACCUGGUUUCAAAUAUAUUAGAAUCCUACAGCUCUCAAGCUGGACUGGCGGGACCUGCUUCUAACCUCUUGCAGAGCAUGGGAGUACAGCUGCCUGACAACACUGAUCACAGCCCCACAAGUAAGCCAAUGAAAGAUUAACCAGCACAGCUACACUGAUAUUUUGGUUUUUUUUUUUGUUGUUUUUUCAGUUGUGGAGCUUGAACUUAGAGCCUGGG